AUGUCUAUUGUCUUUCAUAUUGUCGCCGUCGUUUCAAUGUUCACGGUCAGUUAAAUCGCCUACAAACACACUCGUUCCACCAAACGUUUUCCCUGCUUCAGAUAAGCAUCCUGGGCCUCACAAUGAACCUCUACCUGUUCCGCAAAUUUUCGAGCAAACGAGGAAAAGCGAGUGGCUUCCUCAAAUUGUGUCUCGUCAAAACGGUGCCCAACUCGAUCGUCUGUGCGUCUUUUCUAUUCUGGGUCGUGCCUUUAUCGUUGGUGCAGCCGGAUUACGAGAAUGUUCCGCGCAUUGUCAAUGUGUUCGUUGGUCAAGUGGCCGGCUUCGGAGCCUAUGUGACCGGUAGGAGCAAGUUGUUUUUCUUGUUCGAUUCCUAGUAAGCGGUGUUAAUCUGUUGAUAUCUAACGCAGAAAUAACAAAAUCGCGGAAGUCAUGCUUUGCAAGAGGGCAGAGUUGAGCGGAAGAACACGGAAGAAUUUUUAUAUUUUUUAGAAAAUUUUUUCAUGAAAUGUGAUCAACUGACGAAAUGUAUAACAAAGUGAACUGUGCUCAUUGAAAAAUAAUUGUAAAUUUAGCUAUUCAUACAAAAAAGUUACUUCCGUCUUCCCCGUUCGCCCCCUUUUUUCACGCAACAACUCGAAUAACUUUUUUGUGCGAAAAGCUAAAUUUAUAAUUAUUUUUCUAUGAGCACAGUUCACUUUGCUAUACAUUUCGUCAGUUGAUCACAUUCCAUGAAAAAAUUUUCUAAAAAAGAUAAAAAUUCUUCCGUAGUUACACACCUACACUCAUAACAGCACAAAGUUCACCUUUUUCUACAGUACCCUUUCAGGCCCGCUCCUCCAGUUUUUCAUGUCGUGCAACCGCUUCGCCGCACUUUACUUCGCCACCCGUCGUCUUCGUGUAAACGACUUGCCGAUCACCGCAAUCGCCGUCCUAUUCGCCUUCGGAAUCGCCCUCAUCUACACGGCGCUCGGGUUCAGACGUGAGUCGUCCAUAGGCGACCAAAAGACUAACAAUGCGGCUUUUAGCAAUGUGCGGCUUCGUAUUCUAUCCGUCCUCGUUCACCUGGGAUAAAGAGAACUCAGAGUGUGCGAGUGGCAUGUCCGCUCUCAUAUUCUAUACAGUCGUGGCCGUUGCCAGUUGCACAAACUCUUUGAAUGUGGCCACUGCUGUCCGCUUGUCGGUGGAUAAAGUGAGUAGUUAAAAUCAGAUAUUGUAGAUGAUCCAUUCUUUUUUAUCAGGUCGGCGGAAUGAGUCAAUCGGAUACGCAUCGAAGAAGGAGAAAGUUGAUACUUAUGUUCGUUCAGGUACAUUUCCUUAAAGUCAAAGGGCGCCACGAUAUUGUCCAUUCAAACCGUUGUAUCUCAUCUACCGGUAGAGAUGCCAAAAAGUGUUCAACUGAUAAAAUGUACGCAAUGUAUUUCUAAGCAAAUUUUCAGUUGACAACAUUUUGAUACCUCCACUGACAGCUGACAUAUAUCGUCCCCAGUUCCGAUGAUUUCUGCAAAAAAGCGUGCAUCCGUUUCGUCAUCCGAGUUCAAAUAUUCCCCUCAACACUCGUCAUUUUUCUGUGACAGAUGAAUGGUUUAGUACUUGAUCGCGUUACGGUUGAACGAUUUGAGCAAAAAAUAGCUGGACAUGUAUCAAAGAACACAUUUUCACACAAACACAAAAACCGUCCAAGUUAUCACCAACUUUUUUUGCAGAGUGUAAUCCAGGAUUGUCUACACGUGAUCGACCUCGUCAACAGCAUUUUCAUCUUCAAACUCUCCGACGCCGUGUGGUUUCAGUUCAUCUUCCUCUCCGUCUCCUUUCUAAUGAUUCACGCGCUCGACGGGUAAUCAGGCGUGCUUUUCGGAGAACCAAGAAUUUGCGGUUUUUUUUUUGUUCAGGUUUGUCAUGUUCUAUUUCCACCCCGACGUUCAUCCCACUUUUCUACGUGGCAAAACGCGAAAAACGUCGUCGAAGAAUGUGCUUGUGACGGUCGCGACGCCGUCGUUUUACGGCGAACGAAAGACGACACAACAACACAGUCCUCACUGAUGCUUCUUUCUCAAAAAUUUGUUUGUACAUAUUGAUUAUUGAUUCGUCUUUGACUAGUUUAGGUUCUUAUCAGGGUUGGGUAAAAGACCGGCUAGGGUACACUCAAAUUUGUGAUCGCUAAUCUCAAUUAUUUUUGACAAUGUGAAUUCUGGUCUCUACUUGCCACAAGAUCCGUGGGAAAACAUUUCUCGUUUUCCCAUACAAAGUCUCAGUUUGUGUGCCGUCCUCUAGUUUUUUUUUUUGUUGUUGUUCAGGUCAACCUUCCGAAUGCUGCAACUCGGACUCUUCCCACUGUUGGCGGUCAUUUCAAUGCUUUUGGUGAGUCGGAACGAUCAUCGCUCCAACCGCUCUCUCUCUUUUUUCGCCAGACAAGUUUCAUCGGUCUCCUCGUCGGCGUUUGGAUAUUUCAAAAGUUUGUGCGCAAAGUGUGCGCGACGGAUUUCAGCGAUUUCCACAAGUUUUGCAUGGUCAAAACCGUGCCGGACAUGUUCGUGUGCGCGGCCUUCCUCUUCUGGGUGGCGCCGGUGACGGCUCUCUCGCUGACGUACUCGCGAGUGCCGUACCUGCCGAACGUGCUCAUCGGACAGAUCGCCAGCGGCGGCGCCUACAUUCUGGGCGCCAGCAUUCAAAUGUGCAUGGCCGUCAAUCGCUUCUUCGUCCUCUAUUUUCCAUUCCGUCAGCAUUCCGCCAACAGAUCCUACCUCACGUUCGGCGCCAUCGCAAUCUGUGUCGGACUGGCAAUCACCUACACUUUACUCGGAUUAAGGAGUAGGUUCUUAAACGGGACCUAGACGUUUUGCAACCGCUUCAACUUGCCAGUUGAAGUGUUGUAAGAUUUGCGCAAAAGUUGCAGACGCUCGCCGGCGUCAAGUCUAGUCACUUUUGAAAUCUGCAGAACUGUGCGCCUACGUCUACGAUCCCGAGAUGUUUUCGUGGAGAGUCGAAGAGUCGGAGUGUGCCGAUCAAAUGACCACACUCAUUUUCUGGUCGAUCAUCGUGCUCGCACUCACCUCGAACACUUUCAACGUGGCGACCGGCAUGAAGUUCUUGUGCACUCAGGUACGGGUCUUCCAUUGAAUCUAUACCAAAAUCUCUGCCCUAUCAGACAUCCGGAAUCCGGCAGCAAGAAGUGCUGCGACGCCGCAAGAAGCGUCUGUGGCUGUUCGUUCAGUGCGUCGUCCAAGACUGUCUCCAUCUGACCGAUCUCGUCAACAGCAUAUUCAUCUACCAAUUGAGCGAGGAGACGUGGUUCCGCUACAUCUUUCUCUGCUACUCAUUCCUGGCCAUUCACGCGACCGACGGGUAGAAUCUCUUCACACUUUCCGAGGAAGUACACGUGUUUUAUUCAGCAUCGUCAUGUUCUACUUCAACCCGGAAGUGCAGCCCGUCUGGUUUCGUCGAUUCACCAAUCGAAACUUGUUGAGGACCGGCGCCGCUGUUAUUGUAUCGUCGCACAACUCGGCGCCAAGAUCACUCUCGAAACUGUGA